GAGGAGCGAGAUAAUGAGCUGUCUUCCUUGAAUAGACUUCGGUGCGCUUAGAGCGAUAAUGUAUGGCAUUGGAGGCAUUUGCUGAUCUGGAACAUGAAGUGCAACCUACGAGCCGUUUGCAUAUUUUUAGGUAUUUUCGGCGCAGCAUGGAUGUCUGCCGCAGAUCAACUCAAGAGGGGCUUAAAUACAGUUCCUGUAAAACCUCCAACCCAAUCACCUGAUGAUUUAACAGAAACAACAGAGGGCACUCCAAUCUCGGCAACCCAUGAAAUUUCUUCAGCAACUUCAACACAGAGAGAUUCCACAAACUCUGAGGUGCAUGUUCAUGCUUCCACAUUCAAUUACUCAUCAAAAGAAAAUUCAGAAGCAACACCAGUUGUAAUUUCAGAAGCAUCAACAGCUGAAAAUCCAGAAGCAUCAACAACUGAAAAUCCACAAGCAAAAACAGUUGUAAAUUCAGAAGCAUCAACAGCUGAAAAUUCAGAAACAUCAACAGCUGAAAUUCCAGAAGCAUCAACAGCUGAAAAUCCAGAAGCAACAACAGUUAAAAAUCCAGAAGCGAAAACAGUUGAAAAUUCAGAAGCAACAACAGCUAAAAAUCCAGAAGUAUCAACAGCUGAAAAUCCAGAAGCAACAACAGCUAAAAAUCCAGAAGCGAAAACAGUUGAAAAUUCAGAAGCAACAACUGCUGUUACUUCUGAAAUUAUCAAUGGACCUGGAAGAAUGGCACCUGAAGAUCUGUCUCCCGCAGAUAUCUCAUGCAGCCUUGAAAAACUCACAGCUGAAAAAGGAGAAAUAAAGCCACCCUAUGAGAAUGAAGAUAAAUGCCAGCGGUGGCUUGUGGAGUAUGAAGAAGGGUACAGUGUGGAUAUAACUGUUGACAGACUUGACCUUGAUGGCGAAACUUCUGAUUAUGUUUUAAUAAGUCCAGAUGAGAAUACUACAGGUGAUGCAGACAACCCUGUCCUUUCAUGGACUUUGACUGGAAAGAAAUAUUAUAAAAUACCAUACAAGGGAACAGCAUACAUUCAAUUUGUAACACACAAAUCAAAAACUAAAUCUGAAAAGCCGAAGGGAUUCCGUAUUAUUUUUGAACGCUCAGGGGAAUUGACAACAACUUCUCCAACCUCAACAGCUGGCCCAAUUCCUGAUCCAAUAGAUACAGAAAGUAUUAACAUUAUGGCUGAAUUUAGUGAUUCAGUGCAGGCGCAACUUGUACAAUUUAGGCAAGAAAUAGCUACACAAGCAAAUAAAUUCUGUAGCAAUAUAAAUCUUACAUUAAAUGCUUUUAUCAGACCUCAAGAAAGUAAAGAACGUGAAUCACAAACUAUUCAAGUUCCUCCUUUCCUUGAAUACAUGGAUUCAAAAUACGAUGAUCCUGAGUACUUGCCAUAUACUGACUCAAUGUAUGAUCUGGGUACAGAAACUUCUACUGAUGAUAGAUUUUCAUAUGGUGCUCUUCCGCCUUACACUAAACGUCCAAGUAAUGUGUCCACGUUCCAAUUUGGUCGACCGAGUAAUGCUGGAAUUGACAAUACUGGAUUUUUGGAAGAUGAGGAAGAAGAGUAUGAAAUUAUGAAUAGAGCCAGCAUCACAAAAGAAAUAAAGAAAGUAGACAAUGAAAAAGAAUAUAAAUUAUCUGAACAAGUAGAAGUAAAUGACAACAGUAGUGAGAAGCCUGUCCGAAAGGAACUUGUGAUAAUAGUAUAG